AUGGGACCGAGAAUUACGCCAAUUUUGUUUUCACUCUGCUUGCUUGGAACAGGCUACACUUUGGAUCGAUUCAAGGGCACCGUUAUAGACCUGGAUGCCUACUUCGAGUCGCACGACUUUGACUCCCAGGAGCGUGUGGUUGGCGGCGCCGCCGUGCCUGACGGCGAGUAUAUACCCUACCAGGUUUCCAUGCAGUAUCGCACGCGUAGCGGCAAGGACCGGCACUUCUGUGGUGGCUCCUUAAUUGCACCCAAUCGUAUACUCACAGCAGCUCAUUGCGUCAAUGGCCAGGAUGCGAAGCGCAUCUCAGUAGUGGCGGGUAUACGCGAUCUUAACGACAGUGCCGGUGUUCGAUCGCAAGUGUUGUCCUAUGAAAUUCACGAGGACUAUGAAGAGUUAGUGACCAGUGAUAUUGCCAUCUUGAAGAUCGAACCGGCUUUCGAGUUGGACGGUACCAAGGUGGAUAAGAUCGAUGUAAGUGGCACUGAUAAAGUCGAUGGAGGUCAGGCCGUCACUCUUUCGGGUUGGGGCGCUAUGUGGCAUGUAGGCCAAGGGCCGCUGGCAAUCUAUCCGACUUUGCUACAACGUAUGUCCUACAAAACAAUCACAAAUGACCAGUGUAAAAAGGUGAUGACGCACUUAACCGAUACGGAGAUUUGUGCACUGGAGCGUUUCGGCAAAGGGGCGUGCAAUGGCGACUCAGGUGGUCCACUAGUGAUGGAGAAUGGUGACAGCUUGAGGCAGGUGGGCGUGGUUUCUUAUGGAACGGCGCUUUGUGCAUCCAACAGCCCAGAUGUUUACACCCGCGUAUCUAUGUUUGAUGACUGGAUCAAGGAACGCUUGGCCUGA